UUUAUUUUUUUUUAUACCACGAUUCUUCCCUCGGGCGUAAACUCUCCCGCGAAUUCGUCGUCAGGAGUUUGCGAACGGAUGCGCGGCGCGUUGUUACAUGUGUACACAACAAUUUACCGGAGUAACGCACGUGCGUCUGGGAUUAAACCGGCGGCAGUGGUUGUUUUGGUAGCUGGCCAACAGGAUGAACCACCUCUAACAGCUCGACGUCUAAUCCGUGAUUCAUAAUUCCGAGAUUAAAUCGAGCAUCGAAAUUACAGCCUAGGAAGAAAUGAUAUCGAUAGAAGAAAAAUUCGUGCCAAUAGUGAAGGUAUUAUUGCCUAUCUUACGUAACUCGUGAUUCGAGCAACGAAACAGAAAUCAUAUCGUCCGAUCGGUGCAAAAUCGUGAACGAUCAUCUCCUGCGUGCAACGAGAUAUAUCGAAGGAUUGUGAGUGCGUUUAUUUUUGAUUUAUCAUCUCGCGGAGUUUUCGGUUUACCGCGGCUACGUUCAGACUGUAAAUACUGUAACAAGUGAGUUAAUAGAACCGUGUUGCGUGAAUUUCGCCAGUUAUUUAAAAUUCUGCUGCAAACUUCACGACGCUCCAAACAAAAGACAAACAACCAUAAUGCCCUGCGUUCAAUCAUGUGCCAAAUGUGUCGCGGUUAAUUUUUGGGCUACCGGUAAUAAAUGCGAGGAGAGUCGAUCGUCGGUUAUAUUCGUGUUACAGUGUUCCAUCUAUAUCCCAUCGUGAACGAAUAGUUAAAGAAGGUGAAUAAAUUUUGGACAAUAACGAUACGACGAUUGCUCCGGAUCUGUUCUUGAACGAAUCGGUUUUCAAAAUCGAAUAAUUAUAAAUAAAUUACGUACGUGUAACAGGUAUUUAGUAUCGUGUUUAAUAACUGUGAAUCAUCGAAGAAUAAUUAUUAUACACCGUAAGCUGUACAGUUUUCUUUGUGGAUAUACAAUCGUUUUUCUUUUUUCUACAUUUAAACAACAAGUUCGUGAUAUUAAAAGUUGGAAACAUAGUUCCUCCGUAAGUUUAUAAACACAAGUUGUGCAUAUCGACUGAUAUUAUCGAAUCGCCGAAAUGGAUGCAUCGAUGGAAAUGAAGUUCUUCCUUCCCCUACUCGUCGCUCUUUACGUGGCUGCUUUUGUGUCAGGAGAAGCACAGCAGUACUUCCGAGUCGCACCAAGGAACAGUUCGGUACUCGAGGGUGGCGAAGUCACCAUACCCUGUGAAGUUGGAAACAGAGUCGGAAUUGUUCAAUGGGUCAAGGAUGGCUUCGCCUACGUCAUUUUGCCCGAUGGGCAGAUCGUUGGGUAUCCGCGAUUCCGAAUGGUCGGGGACCAGAACGCGGGUGUUUAUAACCUGAGAAUCACCGACGCCUCGCUAACUGACGAUGGCGAAUAUCAGUGCCAAGUUGGCCCCUUCAUGCGAACUGUAAAAGCGAUCCGAGCCAACGCCCAUCUCAACGUUAUAUCACCGCCGAUAAAGGUAGAGAUCAGCAACUACCAGGAUCACGCAAAAAUCGAGGCGAAGGUCGGCCAGUCCUACCAGCUCCAUUGUUCCGUGAGGUUGGCCAAACCAGCCGCAACGAUAGUUUGGUACCGAGGAAACGUUGAAGUCAAGGGCGGGGCGUCCGACAUCGAGUCGAUACCAACCGAGGAUGACAAAGAAAUGCCGAAGGCAGGUGAAUCCAGGAAGAAACUGUUGAAGUACGACACCCACGGCUCAAUUACAAUCGUCCCGACAGCCGACGACGAUGAAACCGACUACACCUGCGAAGCCAGACACCCGGCCAUCCCGGUCGACAUGCCUAUGCGAGCCACAAUAAAACUGUCUGUCCUUUAUCCUCCGGGUCAGCCUUACAUCGAGGGCUAUACGGAGGGUGAGACAGUGAGACGAGGCCAGCAGGUUGAUCUGGUCUGCAGAUCGCGAGGCGGAAAUCCCCCGGCGCAGGUUGUUUGGUUCAAAAACGACGAGCAAAUUCAGACGGUCUACCGUACCGAGGCUUCCUUUUCCGAAAACGUUCUUUCCUUCGAGGCAAAAGCGACAGAUAACAAGGCGCGAUUCACAUGCGAAGUAUCAAACAUCAUGAGCGUCACGCCGCUCAAAGUCCACGUCGACUUGGCUGUUCUUUUCGCUCCAACCGGGGCGAUAAUCACGGGCCCGACGGAGGCGAAGGCAGGUGAAAGGGUGCAGAUAACUUGUACGACGGAAAAUUCAAAUCCUCCAGCCGAUAUAAAGUGGGUGGUGGCUGGCAGAAACUUUCGCAACAGUACUUCAAGAACGAAUCUUGCCAGCCAGGGUGGUUGGAUAACUACGUCGGACAUAAUGUUCAACAUAAACCCGGAAGUUCGAAGUAUCGUCGUACUUUGUCACGCGCUAAACAACAAAUUGGCCGAAAAUGUCGUUGGCACGCACACCAUCAACGUCAUUUAUCCUCCUUCCGAUAUCGUCGUCACUGGUUACGUGGACGGCGACAGUAUCGAUGCUGGCACAGUUCUGAAACUGUCAUGCACAGCAACGGCAGGAAAUCCUCCGGCUACCUUAACGUGGUACAAGAAUGACAAAAAGGUCAAUGGAAACGUGCGGACACGCGACCACGCAGUUUCCAGUGAGCUUACAAUGCUUGUUAACGCUUCCGAUAACAACGCUAGGAUCAGAUGCGAGGCCACAAAUUCAGCCGUCGAAAUACCGCUUAUUGGACUGUUACAGCUCAAAGUCAACUUUCCCCCGGAUCAAGUGAAAAUCACGCGAGUACCAAACGAAUUUCGGGCCGGUGAAUUAGGUCAACUUAUUUGCGAGUCGAGCAGCAGUAACCCACCUGCUGAAAUGUCAUGGUGGAAACAGGGAAUUCCUGUUCCUGAAACUCAUAACGAUACAAAACCUGGACUACACGGGGGAUAUCUUUCCUCGGUUGAACUGUCGCUGCAAUUGAAUGAAAAAAUGAACGGUGAAGUGUACACUUGCCAGGCAAGGAACGCUAUCCUGCAGAGCGCUGUACACGAUGCCACGACACUUACGAUCGCAUAUAAACCAAUCUUUUCACCGCUGGACCCGAACGAACUCGUCGGAAUGGAGGGUGAACCUUUCGUCAUAUCUGUGUUAGCAGCUGGAAAUCCUACAGCAAUAACUUACACGUGGACCAGAUCUGGUUCGCCAUUGAGUACAAGCAACAAGAGAUUUACAGCUCGAGGUCCGACUCUGAAUAUAACUAAACUGGAACGUCGCGAUGCUGGGACUUACAGAUGCGAGGCGAUAAACUCAGAGGGAUCAUCUACUUACGGCCUAAAUCUGACUGUGCAAUUUCCAGCCAAAAUUAUACGGACUUCCAAAUCUGGAGUCGUGUAUCCCCCCGAUUCUGAGGCAAAGCUAUGGUGCGAGGUCGACGGUAGUCCAAUUGGAGACAGCUACAUUACAUGGUAUAAAGUUGGGUCUAAUGUCGAUCUCAGUAGAAGAUUCCUCACUACUUUCACGAACAAAACUUCAUACCUUCAUAUCAUGGAGCCAAGUCGCGAAGACAUUGGUGAAUAUCAGUGUAAUGUGAACAAUGGAAUAAGCAAUGUGACAUCGAGACCAAUUCUGUUCGUCACGAAUUUCAAACCAGAAAUAGAAAGCUCACCGUUGACCAGAAAAGCUGCAGCCAACAAGGGAGCCAAAGUUCAUUUAACCUGCAAGGCAAGAGGUUCACCGAUGCCAAAAUUCACGUGGAUCUUCAGUGGGAGACAACUAUUGCCCAAUAGGACUGAUAAUAAAUAUGACAUCGUUCAAACUGAGCUUACUCAGUUGUCCGCCCAAUCAGUGAUGACAAUAUACCAUGUGUCUGCGAGUGACUAUGGUAAAUACGAAUGCAAGGCACGUAACAAAGUAGGGAGUGUGACCGAGGAGGUGUUUUUGGAUGUAACGUCACCACCAGAACCACCCUCAGAGCUGCGAGUCUACAACGUUACCCACGACACAGUGAUUCUUGUAUGGAAGAGGGGAUUCGACGGCGGUCUUACAACUUCGCACCAAGUCAGGUGGAGACAAGCGUUGGAUUACGAAGACAGAUAUCAAUACAUCGAUGCUUCGCCUGGGCAGGACCACGUCGUAAUAACUGGGCUGAACCUCGGUACUUACUACGUAUUCAGUAUAAAGGCGAUCAAUGCCAAGGGGCAGAGUGCCUUCCUCCCAGACUUGGUCAAAGUCCAGACGUUGCGACCGAAUAAUGUGGAGAGUCUCCCAGACGUUCUUGUGGUGCAAGGAGACAUCCCGAUGAAUUAUAUCUAUGCCAUCGCAGCUACACUCGUCGUCUUUUUUCUUAUUAAUCUAUUCAUCAUGUUGUGGUACAUUGUGCGAAAGCGAAACAAGGAUCGCAUAAACAAAUCUCAAACUGCGGAUAUGUAUGCCCCGUCUACUGUUAAUGGUGACACGAUGACCGGCGAGUUGAGCUCAGUUUCGGAUGAGAAGAGUGACGUUAACUUCGAUGCAAACGAUUACGUGCAGGACGAGGGGCGAAAGACGGCGGCGAGUACUUACCUGAUAGAUCAAACUAUACAAGACUUUGGGAAAAACAGCCUGGAAAUGCAGGUGCAUCACCACAAUCAAGGGACUCUGGGUAGGCGAAGCAACCUGCACGCCCACAGCGGUAUGCUGGACAUGGACUCUCCGCCUCAGCGCACAACGGCUAGUGGGACUCUCUCGGUCUCAAAAUCGAGCUACAUCGGGAAUCCGAGUCCAGCCCCACCGGCCGACGCGAGCUUCUACAGUGUGGAGAUGGACAAUGGCCGGUAUUUAGGGUAUGAAGGGAAUCCCAGCCCGGCCCCAGUUAUCGGGGACCCGGGGCUGAGCGGCUAUUAUCCUACGAUGGCGACAAUGGGCCAUCACGCACCCUCCCACAUUGUGGCGGGAGGAACGCUGACCCGGAACAGAACCCUCCCUCGCCCAGUCCCCCCCCCAGACGUCACUGUUAUGACUGCAGGCGCAAAGUCCCCAGUACCCCCUUCGGUACCCCCCCCGCCAGCUACGUUUGCACGUGCGGCCCCCGUCCCCGCACAUUCCCACGGGCACCCACUGUCUACUUUCACCUCAACCCCAGUCUAUUCGGACAUUGACGGACAUCUUGUCUGAGAAUCAACCCCGAUGGGAAUCCUAGCAGUACCCUCGAGUCCCACCACGAUACGCCAAUUUCAAUACCUGGAUGAUGAGGAUGAGCAAGAAGACUCUGAAGAGAGUACCCGCCUCUAAUCAAGCCUGCUGUUUUGAUAGUGGCCAGUGAUGUAACGUUGGGGUGAAUUAGGAAGGAAACUUAUAGAUGGACGAUAUCUAGAUUUCUUCAUUGCACGGGCGAUACUCAGGUUUCAGGUGAAAAUAGAUCUUAGUCGACGGUAUUCAAUAGUCUGCCAAAAUCGGAAGUUGGACAUUUUCUAAAACUUGCUGAAUUAAAAACGUCUGUACCAUCCACUUUAUAGUACGCAGCAAGUCACGUGUUGCACUUUUAUGCACAUCCGCGAUAAAUCGCCCCUCCGAAGCCUCGAGAAAACAAGACAAAAUAUUUAACACAUAGUAAGGAAUUAAUAAAAUCGAUUGCACGACGAUUACCGCCGAUUUUUUCGCACCCUCAAGUUCGUAUUCUUCACAAAUACAUCGUAUACAGAAAAAUUUCAGAAUAUACUUUAAGAAAAAGAACUUGUCUGUUUCUCAUUCGCAACAGUUUAUUUCUGCAUUUUGUCAGUCUUCUUGUAAUACGGUUUAUAAAUUUUUUUCCUUUUCUCUCAUUCAUAAACUAGCAUCCCUGCUCAGAAUGUGUUGAUCACUGUGCACGGUUAAUUUGUGACAAUUAACUUGAUGUUAAGCGUGAAUACGAACUUUCACCGUAUGAAGUUUGAUGUAAUUUGGUUACUGCACGCUCGUGGUCAUGAAUACUAAUUACAAUGUAUGCGAAUAAUCGACUGCAUAAAAACUAAAUGGCAUAAAAGUGAGCUUCUUCGGGGUAGUGAUAUUUUAAUGAAAAGACAAUAGUACAUAAGUUUAGUUAUAAUUGAAUUAUUAUGAGUAAUUAGUUUCUUUUCUUUCUUCUUUUCUUUUUGUAAUCGACUCUGUGUUUAUGUACAUGUAUGUAUAUAUACAUCUGAGUUAGGUGCUACACUUGAGAUUAAAGUUUGAAAAAGAAGAAGAAGAAGCGAACAAAAACACAAAUAAGUAAACAAACAAAUAGAAAUGAGCCAACUCUAUAAGAUAUAAAAUAAUAUUGAUAGGAAUAACAAUAAUGAUAAUGAUGAUGAAUAAUGACUAUAAUUAAUAUUCGUUUGUAUCGAUAGUUUUUUUCUUGCAUUUACUUGAAUGAAUUAUGAAUUAAUAUCGAUAUACAUAUAUAGGCGUUUCAUUAUAUUGUACAUAUAUUAUUAUUGAUAUAUUAUUGUUAUUAUUGUUAUUAUCAUUGUAAAUAAUAAGUCUUAAUGUUUCUCACGCUCCACGAAUAAUUCAAAUGGAUUACAUGAGGGUCUCACUAUACUUAGGAUAUACUAUGCAAUGACGUAUAAUAUACAUAGUAUAAAUAUGCUACUUUAGUAAAUACAUACCUAUAACUAAGGCUAUAUGUAUAUUUGAAAAUUAAUCGUGUUGUUAAAUGAGAGGACGCGUUUAUGUUUGUCAAAGCCUAAUUAGUAGUUGAUAAUAUAUAUUUUUGAAAGAAUUUCAUCAUAAAUUGAUUAAUUAAUUGGCCUAUUGUCAGCUAAUACUAUUGAAGCAUGUGAAACGUACAGAAAGUUGAGCUCUCAAUUGCACUAUGUUUUACUUCACCAUCGGUACAGCACAGCCAGAUAUAGCAUGCAUUUCAAUCUAUCGAAAUUCACUUUUUCUUCGAAAAAAAGAAAUGACCCUGAAAAAAAAUCCGUGAAUCAGAGAUAGUUUGCACGUGAGUAGAUACACUUUUGAAACAGAUAUGGUAUUGUAACACAUUCUAUAUUUACAGCCCAUGGUCGUCAUCCCACUAUUAAAAAUAAGAAAUGUUCACAUUUUUCAUUCAGCUAAGCUACAUUAAACAAUAUACACGUGGUCGAAUAUUUUUGUGAAAACGAGUACAUCUACUACCUAUAAACUGCGUUCAAACUCAGGCAUUCAGUCAUUUCUUAGCAUGUGCAUUAUCACAAUAGGUUUUAUUUAAUAACCUUAUGUGUACAUUAAUAGACAACCCUGAAUUAUGAGAGAAAUUCUCUCCCCUCUGGAUGACAACACCAUAUCUGAGUAUACUAAUAUGGGAUCUAUUUCAGAGAAAGCUUAAAAAAACUAUUAUAAACUUUUUUUUACGAUUCAAAAUAAUGAAAUCGAUUCUUAUGUGUCACAGCUGCUAUAGGUAUUAUAAUUGAAAGUUUGGAUUUUAUGGAUAAUGUUUAAUUAGCGUACACCAUUGUUGUUUCAUUAUCGUGUCGAUUGAUCGAUUAUACAGCUAGUAUCUAACAGGCUUAAAUACUUUAUCGUUGACCGUCGUUGUAUGAAUAUAUAUGAAAACCGCAGAGGUCAACUUAGACUGAUGAUUAAAAAAUUCACGUAUGCUCAAUUAGAGGAAAAACCCGUUCACGCAUAAUUAAGAGUUCUAUUUACAUAUAUACAUGUUUUAUAUUUGUAUUUAAAAAAAAAGAACAAAAAAAAUCAAAAAAAUAACGAACUGGAUAAACAACAAAAUCAUCUGUAAUACUUGAAUAUAAUAUUACCUGAAAUAAUUGAACUAUGUAAUCUCCAAAGUAUUUGCUCAUCCAAGUGCUAAGUAAAUUAGAACGGACCGAUAUUCGUCCAAUAUAGUACCUUGGAGAUGGACAUACAGCCGUCUGCGCUAUAUUUCAUAUUUUACUUAAUAAUAAUAAUACCAAUAAUAAUAAUAAUAAUAAUAAUAAUAAUAAUAAUAAUAAAUAUUAUUAAUAACAGUAAUAAUAAUACUGAUGAUGUUGAUGAAAAUAACAAUAAUGAUAAUAAUAACUAUCGUACUAAUAUUCGUAAUAAUAAUGCUAAUAGUACUAGUUCAUAAUGAUAUUAAUAAUCCAUUAUUCCGUUGAUUAUCAUAAGAUCAUAGUCAAUCCUAAUUAUACAAUCACUACGGUACGAUCAUAAAUUAAUUACUUUUAAUGUACAUAAUGUAAAUAUUAUCUAGAUAGAUAUUAAAAUUCACGAGAAGGAAACACACACACGCACAUAAAUGCACACACGCAAAAGAAAAAGCACACAUUGAAAUAUACCAUGCUACCGCAGAAUUAAUAACAUCAAGAGCUUUUGACAUCGAUCACAUUUUAAUUGCACUGCUUUUUUCUGUUGUUGCCGAAGGUACCAGAAUUCAAGACUUGACUGUAUACUUAAAACAGAGCUACGAGAUUUUCCAUGCUGAUCGAAUGAAAUUAAUUAUUUUCACAGAACGCGCACGUACGUGGUUCAAAAUUUCUUUUAAACGCAUUCCGUCGUUAAUACUGUUAUAUUAUAGACAGUAUAAAUUUUGCAUCCGGAACUGGGUUUAGAAAAAUGGUAAUUUCACAACGUAUUUUCCACGCAUGACAUGAUUGCAAUACCUUUUCUGGAACUUGUUUUGCAGUUAAACACCCUUCGAAACGCGUUUAGCACUUUCAAACGUUCGUCCUUCAGAGACAUGCGCUGAAGAGGAUUUUUAGCGCACAUAUCGUAUUCAAGUUCCCUUCAACCUUGUAUCGAAAAUUCCUUUAACAUGUACACACGUUGCACAUAAAUCCGCAAUUCGUAACUAUUUGUUCAAACUCUUUGAAAACUUCUGAAAAUCUGUGUCGAGAAAGUUUUUAAAACGUCCACCAGCUCAUUACUUUUACCAUUACAAAACUGACCUGAAAGCAAGUUAGAUUACUUCUUUGACUGAGUGCAACUGAAAAAUAUUCAGUAGAAAAAUAUUAUUAACUAGAUUCUACUCUUCUUAAGAGUCGCAAAAUAAAUCGAAUUAAAAACUAUGGAAAUGGAAACACGUUUUUUUGUAAAUCGCGUUUGCUGUUGUGCUUACAGCUGCUUCUAACUUUGUGCAAAAUAAUAAAAAAACCAUCACGUUACUUAUGUCACUCUAAAAGACGAGAAAUUGUGAAUUGUGAUGAUUAAUUAUUGGAUUACUUCUAAAAGUAUUAUUACUGUUGCCAAUGAAUGACGAAUGCAAAAUUUAGACAAUGUUGUAAAGUUGUACACGCGAGCAGACAUCGAUGGUAAUAUAUAAAUAAAUUAAUAAGGAAAUGAAUAUAAUAUGUUGAAUGUGAAGUGUGGUCGAUGCGGUACCUUAUUCAUAUAAGAAAACAUGUAAAUACACACAUAACAUAUUACGAUGACAUAAAUAGUUGUGAAAACAAAUUUUUGUUAAAAAAAAGCUCUUCGGUUAUAAAUACCUGCGCAAUAUAAUUAAAUAUCUAUUGCGAUGUAGACAUAUAUUAAAUUAAUGAUUGUAAAUAACAUAUAGUAUUUUUACAUUCUCAUUCUAAAUUAUAUUUCCAAUUCUAAAUGGUACAUCAUGUUCUCGCUUCCCCUGUCACCAUUGCAUCGUUCUACAAAAAAAAAUGUACAAUUAAAUCUCACCAGUCUCUAAUUAAUUUUUCAAUGAAUAUAUAAUUAGGUGUACUUACCGUUGUUACUAUUGCGACUUUCCAUUAUUAUAAUCUGCAUAGUACUUGAAGUGAAAAAAUACAGUCGUGUAUAAACGAUAUGAACUUCAUAUAUAGGCGUCAUAAUUUAAUUUCCCAUUUAUUUGAUAUCCGUACGGUGUCCGUAAUACUGAUUGGAUCGUAUAACUUUAAUUUUGAUUAGAGAGCGAGGAGGCUCACAUCUAGUUGCGUCUUAUCUCAUCGAAAUUGAAUGAUCGUUACAACUUACGAUGUAUGUUGAUGUGUGAAAAAGUAGACAACGUAUAGUAUUUUUGUGCGAACGUAUAACGUAUUGCGCAUAUAAGGCGAGUGUCCCACUUGUUGACCCUGUCCUAAUUAUUAACCUUUUUUGAUUGAAUCUGUUUGAUCCUUAGUUUUCAAAUUACCAAAAAAUAAAUUCGUAAUAUCCAACUCUCUUGCAGUUGGUUUUAGUCAUCGAGAAAUUCACAAUUUAUACCGUCAAUUUAUAAUUUUGGAAAAUAUAAGUUUCGAUAAUUGGGUCUAAACGUGUCAAUAACUGGUACACCUACUUUAUGUAUAGAGUUAAUUGUGUACUUAUAAGGCCUUUUGUAAGCAUUGAUAUGAAGAAUUUUGUUUUUUAAGAAAAAUCAGGAAAUAUUUAUAAUAGUUCUCGUUAAAAUAAUGAUAGUAAUAAAAAUAAAAUAAUUAUGUAAUAAUAAUAGUAAUAAUAGUAAUAGUAAUAACAAUAAUAAUAAUAACAACAAUAAUAAUAACAAUAAUAAUAAUAAUAAUAAUAUUGUAAUGAUAAGCAGGGCGACAGGGCGAAGCUCGGCAUACUAGUCCUUAAUUUAAAGCCAAAGUAUGAGGAAGAAAACUUAAAAACGAGAAAAAACCACAAACAACAAUGGAAAAACGGAAAAAAGGUCAAAGAAUAAUGAAAAAUUACUUCAAGUUUAAGAAUUUCAAUAUUAAUAGAGUGUAAGACACUCGAAAUGGUUUAUCCAGAUUCAAUGACGAUAUUAAAUGAUUCAAUAAUUGUAGUAGAUAAACAAACUAACCAUUAUACAGAUAUAUAGGUAAAUAUUAUUAAGAUAAAUACUCCUUGUAUAAAUUUUUUGUGUUUGAAAACAAAAUAUGUUCUCCAUUGCGCAACAUUUGCAUUUUUUCUAUAGGGUAUACGUAUAUGUAUAUAUGCAAUUAU